CUGUAACUGUAACUGUAACUGUAACUGUAACAUCCAUUCUUGUGUCUCAUUGCUUUAAUGUCUUUUUUCUUACAUUCUCCGACUUCCGAUUAACGCCGUUGUAGAAUUUCCGGCAAUGGGGAUUUCCUUUAAGGUUUCCAAAACCGGUACGAGGUUUCGACCCAAACCAAUCCGCUCGGAGUCGGAAACCUCUACCACCACCGCCGGCAAAGACAAUGCGGUCGCCGUCGAAGUUACCGAUACCAAAGGAAGGACAUAUUCGCUUGUCCCACAAACGGAAUUCAAUUCCUCAUCUGCUGCAAAGAUCACGGGUGCAAGUGAUCAUGGGAGUGACAAUGUUGCUAACCUCUCUGACAAAGAAGUUUCCUUCACAUUAAGCCUUUUCUUGGAUGGAUAUUCUAUUCGGAGACCCUCAGAGAAUGAAUCUGGGCAUCAAACUUCUGAAAUUGUUCCAAAAUUCUUAGUACAUCCAUAUGAUAGUGCAUCUGAAACUCUCUUCUCAGCAAUUGAGUCUGGCCGACUGCCUGGUGAUAUUUUGGAGGAUAUACCAUGCAAAUAUGUCGAUGGGACCCUAGUAUGUGAGUCAGUCGGCGUUUCUCAUAGAAUGAAUGUUACCAUUUCUUCACCUAUUCGUGAUGACAAUGUGCGGGAUUAUCGGAAGUGCUUCUCUAAAGCUGAACAAAGUGUGCGUUCUGCUACUGGUUCUCCUUUUAUUAGUAGAUUAUGCCUCAAAUUGUCGCUUGAAAAUGUGGUGAAGGAUAUUCCGCUGAUUUCAGACCAUGCUUGGACAUAUGGUGAUCUAAUGGUUAGUAAGAUAAAUCCCUCUUAG